AUGUGGCUCUAUCGGGGCGCUCAGUCCGCAGUCUUCUACUAUGCCAGUUGCACCCCCUGCGCCGAAAAUGUCGAUCGUCGGAAACGUAGAAAAGAUGCUGCCCGGGUCCAGCGGGAGAAGGAGAAGGAGCGACGCAACAACGAAGUCGUCACCGACCAACCCCGUCCAUUCGCACAACCAACCCCUUUCAGCACCAAUGUAGGGUGGAAGGAAGAAAUAUCCCUAGGCCCUGGUCCCCCAGCCCGUCGGGGUGGACACCGCAGUCAUCAACGAACCGACAGCUGGAAUACCGACCAGAGCUCGCAGAAGAAAGACAAGAGUGGUGGCCUGAUGCAUCCGCUCGGCGAGAAGUGGAAAGAGAUGCGGUACCAACGGGAAGACGAACCUCUUUGGGGACAACAAGAAGUCCGCGGAUCGUCCAUUGGAUUCUCUGGACGUGGUCGUGCAGACCCGAAUGAAACCUCCAAGUAUUACAUUCCCCGCGUCCCGCCUGUGAACGAUCUCCACCCACCCAUUGUUAGUGGACCGUGUAGCCGUGCCGAUACCAGAUGGAUGCUCCAGCCACCACCAAGUGCCCGAGUGAUGGCCGGUAAAGCAGGUGUCACAUCGCCGACUCGUGCUACCCCCCCUGGACUUAACAGCAUAUCUUGGGCUCCCAAGACCGUGACCAAGGAAAAAGAGACUGGACCAAUCAGUAAUGAGACUGGUGACGGCGCUACCGAUGAUACCGCUCAGAACCGUCGGCCUCGUCGGCCAUCGCUAACUCGACUUCGUAUCGAAUCUGAUGGCCCAAUCCCAGAAUUACACUCUCGAACUGACUCUAUGUUCUCCACCGGCACCACCAACUCGGAUCUCUCCCAGACUCUUUCAUGGAAAUACCCCGAAACUCCAGCAUCACGCCCUCAAUCGAAAGCCACAGAUGACAGUGACAAGUUCUAUCGCCCAAAUAUAUCGAAGACUCUCUCCACAGUGCACCGGGAUGAUAAGAAGAUCCACAUGCUACAUCUAGAGAUCAACGAUGACCACCGCGAUGAUAUUGCCCUGGGUCAAUUCCAGCCUCUCCGCCCAUGGCGUUGGAGCAUGGACAUCUAA